AACGAUGAAGAGAAAAUAUUAGUUGACGAUGGUGAAAAAGGUAACGACGAGGAAAGCGAAAUAGAAGGCGAAGAAGAAAUAUUAGUUGAUGAUGGUACGCUAAACAAAGGCAUGUUAUUCGUCUACCAAACUCAAUGGCAGAAACGUCUUCUUAACAGAUAUGGAAAUGAGUUAUGCCUGUUAGACGCGACGUACAAAACGACGAAAUACUGUUUGCCACUGUAUUUUCUUGUAGUGAAGACCAACGUGGAAUACAAAGUAGUUGCAACAUUUGUAACACAGUCGGAGACCACAGAGGCAAUCAAGGAGGCUUUGUCUGUAAUCAUGAAAUGGAAUCCCAGCUGGAAGCCAAAGCAUUUUAUGGUGGAUUACGCAUUGGAAGAGAUUUCAUCCGUUGAACAACUUUUUCCAGGUACACAAAUAAGAUUUUGAAUAACGGUAAUUGGAUAAGAGUGAAUGGUUAGCUAUUUAUUUCAUGUUAUAGAAAAGGUUCCAGCAGUGACUAUACUGUUAUAUAAAAAAUAUCAAAUAAAAUGUACUGUUCGACAAUCAAAACUAUAAAAGUACGCAUGCAAAUACGAUUGAAAUAAAAUUAACAAAAUAGGUAGGGGCCUGUGGCGCAAAUUUAAGUAAUUUCAUAUUUUUCGUAAAUGUUUCAAUUUUGUUGGAAAAUCGGGAAAUAUAAUUACAAAUUCCAACAAAAAUGUUAUAAUUAUAACAUAAAUUUUCUAAUGAAUCGACAUUUCAAUAAACGGUUUAAAAGUCAUAGCAAUAUACCAGUUACUCUAAGAGAGUCAUUGGAAAAUAUUUUUGAAGUGCAUCAUAUUGAAGAAUAAGAGUUUUGUAUGCUUUAUUAGAUGUUAUCAUGUUUUAUAAAUAAGCCGUCCAUUUAUGGCCUAUAUUUUACAGUCAUCCGUCAUAAAAUCAUUUGAAAGUGUUGGAAAUUUGCGAAGUUUUGCCUUUCUACCUCGGAAACUGUAUUUCUGCCACUGAUACUGAGUGAUAGCGCCUAUAUAUAUGCAGCUGCAUAUAAGUUAACCCUAGUUAACUAUGUAAUGUAAAGUGUGAGUGAUCAUGGUAAUACUAAUUAGUGACAUGUAUUUAACUACUAUAGAAUGCUUGGUAUUAAUCUGUGAUUUCCAUCAAGAACAAGCAUGGGGCAGACGGCUCUCAAGAAAGACCAAUGGCAUGGCUCAUUUGAAAGAAAAGGCGUUAGCGGCUAUGAGAAAGAUUGCCCGCGCAAGGACAGAAACGGAAUUUUUAAAGGAAGUGGAAUCGCUCAAACAAGAUGAAGAUCUGUGGUCAAACAGUAUGUACAAAAAGUACAUGGAGAAUAUGUGGCUAAAGGAGCACAAGGUUGGUUUUGCUAAAAAAUUGCAACAAAGGAUUUUGAUCAAUAACAUUAGAUUGGGCACUUGGAAAAUUCGGCGUCUAAACUAACUCAUUAACGCACAAUGCGCCCGUAUGCGCCCUGGAAUAGGCAAUGGGGUAACGGACAAUGCGCCCGAAACGACACGCCAUUUUCAUUGGCCAAUAAUAAGAGAUAUGCAUUUCGCGUUGCUUAGCAACGUGCACCUAUAAAAACACCCGAAUCCACUCUUUCAAAAGAGACCUCGUGCAAGCUUGUACAGUUAAUAUUGUUCAAGUUACGAGCGUUUUAA